AUGGCUCCCGUCUGCUUGGGUCGGGGUGAUGCGGACUAUAAAGUCUGGGAAGUCCUUUGGAUCUUGGUCCCUCUUUUCCUUCUCCUUUCGCUCCCCACCCAUCGCGAGCUAUCCUCCGCUGUCUUGAAUCUUCAUCGUCGUCAGCGACAAAGCCUACCGACCUACAAAAGCUCCCCGAAACCUAACCGCCGAUUCACCAUGCGUUUCUUCGCCGUCGUCCUCGCUCUCGCUGCUGCCGCUAUUGCAGCUCCCGUCCCCGUCGCUGAGCCGCAAGUACCCGACGCGACCACGACCCCCGACGGUGGUGUAUCUGCAAAUGCUUACUGCGCCAACCCCUGGACAUGCGGCAGCUGGUAA